AUGAGGAAGAAACGAGACGCUAAAGAUGAGAAGCAAGAAGAAGAGGAGAAGAAGAAGAGAGUAGAGUUGAUGAAAGCAGCGGCACAGGCUUGGCUCAGCCACUCACAAACCUCAAAACGCACCGUUCUAGAGUUUGAAGCGCAAAGAAAACAUGCUUUUGUCAAAGGUAAACCUUCACGUUUCAAAAUGGAGGCCUUGUCCAUUACUACUUCUACUUCAAAGGAAAAGCAUCAUCAUCAACCUUCGUUUUUGGAUUGGGAGUACGGACAGUCGUUGUGGGAUCCGUACGAGAUUGUUUCGGUCUCUAAGAAACUGGAACGCGAACUCACGGUAGAGGAACACACCUUGUCUUCGGAUAAUGGUCACAAGAAGAAGAAUAGAAACAGCCUUAGGAGUUUGUUUAGACGUUCGUCUUCAAGGAGAUUUAAACACACUCAUGAUGUUACUCCUUCAAACUUGUAA